CUCCUGCCCGCCGCGGCGGAGCCGGACGCCGAGCUGGAGCUGGGGCAGGGGCAGGAGCCUGACCUGGAGCUGGACCUCGACCUCGACCUGGAGCAGGAGCACGAGCGGGCUUGGCGCGACUUCCAGCUGCGACUUGGGGCUGAGGCCAGAUACAUCCCCCGGCAAGAACAGGCUAGUGUUCUGUAUCAGAACAUCAACAUAGUAGAACCAAGAUUAAUUCAGCCUUAUGAACAUGUCAUUAAGAACUUCAUCCGAGAGAUCAAACUUCAAAGCACAGAGAUGGAAACCUUAGCUGUGGCUGUGAAAAGAGCUCAAGAUAAAGCAGCAAUGCAGCUCAGUGAACUGGAGGAGGAGAUGGAUCAACGGAUACAAGCUGUAGAACACAAAGUCAGGAAAGAUGAGAAACGAAAAGCAGAAGAAGCACUAAACGAUCUGAAGUGCCAGUAUGAAAGUGAAGUUGGUGAUCUUCAGGUGGCAAUAAAAAAACUUAAAAAGCUAGAAGAACAAUCUAAAAACAUAAAUGACAGAGAAGAUGUGGCUGAAUUAAAAAAAAGAAUACAUGAUUUGUCAUUGGAAAAUCAGAAACUUAAGAAAAAUCUUUUAGAAGCACAGACUAACAUAGCUUUUCUUCAGAGUGAAUUAGAUGCUUUGAAAAGUGAAUAUGCAGAUCAAAGUUUGAGCUCAGAGAGAGAUUUGGAAAUUAUCCAAGAAUACACUGAAGAUAGAGAGAACCUGGAAAGACAAAUUGAAAUACUUCAAUUAGCUAACAGAAAAUUACAUGACAGCAAUGAUGGCUUAAGGAGUGCACUAGAAAACAGUUUCAGCAAGCACAACAGAGCACUGCGGUUUGCAAACACCUCCCCAGGGGGUACGAUUUCUAGAAGCAGUCCCAAAUGUAAUGGUGGCCAGUCUCCACAGAAUCCACAGUAUGACAGAUCAUCUCAUUCUUCCUACGUGGAUGAGGAUUAUGAUUCUUUAGCCCUUUGUGACCCUAUGCAGAGGAUAAACUGUGAGGUUGACAGCUUACCUGAGAGCUGGUUUGACAGUGGUUUGUCUACCUUGAGAGACUCAAAUGAGUAUGAUUCAGAAGUGGAAUACAGGCAUCAAAGAAAUUUUCAAAGGUCACAAUGCACACAGGAAGGCUUUGGUGGUGACGCUUCUGAUACAGAUGUACCAGAGAUUAGAGAUGAAGAAGCUUAUAGUCCUGACAACGGCAGUUCAGUAUUAAACUGGAAACCUUCACUACCAGACAAUCGGAGCAGUUCUGUUGCAUCAACAAGGAAAUGUAUUUCUGCCCUCUCCCCUCAGUCAGAUGCAACAGAUUGUAACCUGAAAUACCCCAAGUCUGAGAAGGCUUACAAGAUAGUUCUUGCUGGAGAUGCAGCAGUAGGAAAAUCCAGUUUCCUUAUGAGACUUUGUAAGAAUGAAUUUCGAGGAAACACCAGCGCAACCCUGGGAGUUGAUUUUCAAAUGAAAAGGCUUAUUGUUGAUGGAGAGCCUACGGUGCUACAGCUGUGGGAUACAGCAGGACAAGAGAGAUUCCGGAGUAUUGCUAAAUCAUACUUUAGAAGAGCAGAUGGAGUGCUACUGUUGUACGAUGUGACAUGUGAAAAAAGUUUUCUUAAUGUACGAGAAUGGGUGGAUAUGAUUGCGGAUGCAACUGGUGAAAAUAUUCCGAUCAUGAUGGUGGGAAACAAGGCAGAUCUUCGUCCAACAGUUUUAGAGCAAGGGCAAAAAUGUGUACCAGUAAACUAUGGAGAAAAAUUGGCUAUGACUUAUAAUGCACUUUUCUGUGAAACAAGUGCUAAAGAUGGAUCGAAUAUUGUAGAGGCUGUUCUUCAUCUUGCUCGUGAAGUGCGAAAAAGAAGUGGCAGUGAAGAUGACACCAGGUCAGUAACCAGUCUAUCUGGGACAGCUGUCAAAAAACCAACACUCAUGAAGAAUUGCUGCCACAUUUAAAUAGCAAAUUCCUAUUUAGCCCUAAAUAAUUUUAUUUGUGUAUUUUUAAGACUUUUUAAAGAAAAAGAACAAUGAAGGAUUUAAAUAAUGUAUUCUUCUUACUACGAAUGUAUAUUAUUAUACAGAAUUGGAGACCUUCAGAUCUCGCCUUCUGCUUAUUCAUACUGAUGCACUUGCCUUGUCUCUCAGGCCCUGACUUGACCUCACUUAUGCCAAUGGCAGUGAAGCCAAUUAGUGUAAAACUGCUGUGAGAUCAGAAUCAAGGCUGUCGUCUUUCCUAGGUGUCUGUGCUAGCCAGUACGUAGAGUACAGUAUUUUUAUUUAAUUUGCCUAGGUACUUUGUUAUAAAGUGAAUAAGGUUUCAUACACUUAAAAUGCUAUUAUGCUUUGUUUAAAAUCAGAGAUCAAGCCACAUUUCAUCUUUAGUUCAUCUCAUCUUUCCUAUUUCAGCUUAUAUUACUACUUUUCUAAAACCUCAAGACAUUGGAAGUUCAGGAAGUUUCAUUGCAAAAAUUGCAAGACCAGAUUUACCAAAACACUUGACAAGUAUUUGAGCUUUUCAAGUUAACUCAGUUUUGAAUAAUAUAAGUUUUUGCAUCAAAAGUAUGUGAAAUUGGUGGUUUAGAAUGCAUCUUUUUGAGAUUUGGGGCUUAGAUCUGAACUGAAGAGCAAAAUUAGGUAUACCCUUCAUUCCCUGUCCCCUUCAAUGAGAACUGAGGAAAGUAUCUGUCUGAAUUCCUGCAAAGCAGCUUACACACAGCUCAAAAGAGACAGUAUUUCAGUAUAUACAGUAUAUAGGAACACUGGAUGGAUCUUCCUUAUCUCAUGUGGGAGAUGCAAGAAUUAUCUGCCUCUGCAGAAGCUUCUUCAAGGAUCAGGUGAGCGAGGCAUGUGGCUGAUGACACAAACGUUAUCCUGUCCAGUCCUGUGAAAUUUGAGCAGAAAAGAUACUUCAGGGGAGGACUGGCUUUUCAGCAUAUUCAUUCUAACUGAAAUCCCAAGGGCUAUCAUGGCUAGGGGAGGUUGCUGCCAAGGAGAAGGAAUGUUUGCAGACCAUUAGGAAUCCAUGAUCUCUUCUGUGUCUUGUGGGGAUGGAGUAGGGAAGAGAAGUAAAUCCUUCCUUGUCCUCAAAAGAAAAAAGAUGAGAGGAACUCCAGAUGGGUAUCCUCAAGAUUUCCUUUUUCAAAGUCCUGUACCGUAAGCACAGGUUAGAGAAAGAUGAUCCAACUCUGGUUUUCUGAGAGAGCACACUUUGACAGUAUGUAGGCUUUUAAAGAUGAUUUUCCUAGCAAGAAAAGGUGUGAAUAUAAGCUCUUUAUCUCAGUUCAAAAUAUUGCUCAGUCAUUGUCACUAACUUUUACACUUUGUUACUAACACUUCCCAGAUUUUCCCGUUAACAACUAUGCAGUUGGUCCAGUAAAUCAUCCUAACAAAUCCUUGCCUCUCACAUAAUUUCUAAACCAUCGUGGUUAUGUAACACCCCCAUUAACAGCUGUCUUUCAUGUAAAAAAAAACAAAAAAAAAUGUAACCAAAACCUGUGAUCAUUCUAACUGCUGUCUCACUUAUCCUUGAUUUCACUGACAAGGAAAGAGCAAUCACUUUCUCAAAUUCUGCAGGGAUAUUUUUAAGCAAGGAAGCUGUGUCUUGCUAAGAUUCAGAAGAGAAAUCUCAUCAGUAGUAAAAGUAUCUUUACUGGCAUUAAAUAGUUACAGUUUAACAUUAAGGGCCCAGACUUACAAACCCUUUUUAUGCAUCUUCUGUGAAAAAUAAGCAUACACAGAAUGGUAGAUGGGCAUGAUGUAUACAACAUUCCUCAAUUUUGAAUACCAUGUGUUACAGCUUCCAUGGGCUGGAUUAGCAUUGGGUAAAAUGUUUUUAGUAUUUCAUCCUUUUUUAAAUAACUACUUCUAUAUCUGAUAGAUGGUAUUAUUCUUUUCUGAAUUGUUGCCAUGUCUGAUUCCUGUGUUUUGUGAGAGGAACUCUUUAAAAAAAGUGUAUGUAGGGGGCAGGGAUUCAAGAUCCAUACUGUAAGUAGCUGGUAUGCAUGUGCAGUAAUUGGUUUUCCAAGUUGGUUUCAUAUCAUAGACCCAAGUCCUACAAAGAGAACCUAGAGAGUGGAUUAUGACUGUUCAUAGUCUGUUAGAGGUUGGCAAGCUCGGGGCUUGCCCAGCCAGCUCUCUCUGCAGGAGUAGGGUCAUCAACAUUUUUUCUUUAUUUUAAUUGACCCCCAAAUAUUUAGUUUUCCCCAAAGUCUAGAGAUUAAAUCUGUCGUUUAAAGGUUUGUGAUCUUCAUUUGUCUGAGCUCAGGUUAAACUAAGUGUGAAGAAAAAGUAGGCAAAACUCAAGGUCAAGAAAAUGUCAACUUUCAAAUACUAAAGAAAAUGGCAGUGAUGGGGAAAUCCAGCAAAUCUAGAUCAAGUCUUCUUUAAACAUCCAGCAGUGGUUGCCAGGGGGCACUGGCAUCUAUGAGACAGUGUUCAUAUUAAUAAGCUGGCUUGGAAUGAUUUUGGUUUUACAUUUAGAAAUGGAAAUAUUUGCCAAUUUUAUAUUUUAGAAAAACCUGAACAAGCUACCAUAUAACAAUGGUUCUCACCCGGGGUGCUAUGGUGCUGGCGCCAUUGCCACAGCCAGGGGAAAGUUGCUACAGAGCCUCUCUUUCUAGGAGGGAUGUGUGGGGCCAGACAGGGAAGCAGUAGUGGCAGGAGUGGGUUCUCCUACCUGUGUGAAAUUUUGCUCCUGUCCCCUAUUGGCCGGAAGUUUGGUAAACAGGAAAUGCAGGCAGCAGUGCACAGGGGGACUCUGGUAGGAGGGUGCAGUCACAUUUGGCUUCUGCAAAACCUGCAUUUCCUAUUUAUAAACUGCCAGCCAAUGGGCGAGGGAGGGAAGUGAGCAGGAACGGCAGGAGAACAAAGCUUAAUGCAGACAGGAGCUCCAGGAAACAGCUGCAUGGGGCAAGUUCACCUAGCAGCACUUGCAUAAUGUGGGGUGGGCAAGUGGAGCUUGUGCCCUGGGUGCCACCUGUGGAGAAGGGUACCUUACCCUCCCAUCCUUCACUCCAUCUGCACAGGCAAGUGUGUGUCAUGCACUCGCAAGGUAUUGUGAGAAUUGUAAUUUUGUAGAGCAGCAGUGGAGUUUGCUGCUGCUGGGGAGAGAAUGGACCCCAUUUUUUGCCGCUGAAAUCAGCCUGCUUUUUUGCCCUCGCAAUAUGGACUUUGGUGGCAUAACGAUGGGGUGAAAGUUUCCCACCGGUAGCAGUGACCUCCACUGCCGUUCUAGAGAACUACAGUCUGCCUGGGCUGGCUGCUUGCUGCUGCUCCAGCAUGCUGCCUUCACUGAAGCCAGAAUGAAGAGAGAUGGGUGAGAGAGGACUGUCCUGGGCACAUUAUUCCUAUGUCAAGCCUCUGCCUGGCAGUGGCACCCAAGAAAUUAGAUAGGCAAGCUGAGACUUUACAGUGGUUCUGGGGUGCCAUUCAAUAUAGGGAAGUUAUGGAGGGGAUAACUUGAAUUUAAAAGGUUGAGAACCACUGCCCUAUAAGGUAAAUCUUCUGUUCUGCUUUAAAAGGUGGUCCUGCCUACUGCCCUAAAUGUAUGGCAGAAAAUGUCUUUCAGCGUGGCUUCACCUCUGUAUUUGUUUUUCUUUAAUGGUUUAAUUUAGAAUUUACAAGUGUUUAUUUUAUUGCACAAAGUUGUGCUAUUAGCUAGUGGAUAUGCUACCUUAAUACAUAUAUUUAUUUUAGGGAGAAAAAUCUUUCCACAUAAUCUGUAAAUAAGAUUAUUUUUAUGUAGUUGACACAAGUAUUUUCUCCUUCAUUUUCUUUCCCUUUUUAAUGAUAACUCGUGAUGCAUUUCUGAGGCAAUAAUUUUGGAGAUAUGCUCUUAAAAUCAUUUGAUCACCCAAAUGUUUUUGUUACAAUCAUUUGCUUAUAAACUGUAUACUAAUAGCAUACUAAGAUUUUCUCCUAUGUAAGAAUACUCUAGUCUUCUACUGCGUUUUAAAUAUGAUAGAGAUGCAUCAUUUUUUUUUACUGACAAAAAAUUCCAUAUUAGCCAUAUAAAUAAUGGUGAUAUGUUUACAUAGCAUUUAGUCAAAAUGGAUUUGAAAGCAUUUCAAAGAAACCUAAGGUACCGGUCUUGGAAUGAGCACCAUAUGGACAGACCCCUGCAGCUAUGAAGAGCACCAAUGAAAUAAUUGUAGUUCUGUCUUAGUGCAGGAGUUUUGUUCGUGGCAGUUUUCUGUACAGUCUUCUGAGGCUAUGCAGAUUAUGUAUUCUAAUUGAAACCACUUAUGGGAUUUCAUGUUGAACAAUACUAAACAGCAUUUUAGAAGUUAAGAAUGCCAUAUCAAACAAACUAGAGGGACAUAUAGCAGAAAUGUUUUUACCAAACUUAGGAUACCAGGAAUAACAGCCCUUUUUCUUUCAUGGUAUUUCAUAUUACUAGUAGGGAUUAUAACCUCAUUUUACAUUUCUCCUGUAAUUUCAGUGUCCCCGAUUAUCACUCCCUAAAACUUUGAAAUACACAAUACUGUUCACUGUAACUCUGUUCUGACCCCUUACUGUCACUUCCUUCAGCAACAUGCAUUUUAUUAGAGCUCUCCCAUUAAUUUAUUGACUGGAUCUAAUGCUGCUUAGAUUUGCUAACAUCCCAGCUUGCUACCUUUUCAUUUCAUUUCUAUAAAACACUUCAUGGUUAAAUGGAAAAUGAAGAACAAACAAUGCAAGCGCUUAGACUUUAGUUGCAAUUUGUGUUACAAAAGUUUGUAAAGAGAAAAACACUUCUAACUGAAAAUGUCAGCCCUCAUAUGUAGAUAUAGUUAACCUUGUAUUAGCUGGGUAUAAGUGAAGUUACUGAGUGAUCAAAUAACCAAUACAAUUUCCAUAAACCUAAGCUGUGCUCACUUUUUAGCAAAUGUAAAGUUAAUUAUUUAAGAUAGAAAUUUAUUUUCAUACUUGGAUAGUGAGCAGCUUUAGUGAACUUUGGUUUAUGAUGUCAACUUUCAUUGCAGAGUAUAUAUUAAAAGAAGAAUGUAAUACGAAAUAAACAGGCCUUGUAAUGUAAAACAAUUGUUUUUAAAUGUUGAUUUGUGUUGUUUAUAUGUAGUAGCAAGAACUAUGGUGUUUAUGCCCUUUGCCCCUUGUCAACUACAGAUUGUUGUACCCACUGUGUAAUUUUGUACAUAUGUUUAAAAAGAACCAUAUAUUAUCUAUAUUACAUAUUGCUGUACAAUAAAGUGUGCUUUAAUAGC